GCCAGGGUCUUACUUACGGCACAGGUAAGCGAGCGAGCUCGCGCAACUUGCCUGACUCGUGCCUCGGCCGAGUGCUCGAGUGCUCGAAACGCGUUGACAAGUAGCGGGCAAAACCGAACGUAGUCUGCCCAACAGAGCGCACACGUGAUCUAUUAACAGACACGCACAUUAUCGUUGUUGUCAUCGGUAUUAUCGUCGCACCUGCAUAUCUUCGACGUCGAAUCGCGCGGAUACCGUAGACUGAUCCGGUACCCUCGUCGUCGCCGUCGUCAUCGUCAUCGUCAUCGUCAUCGUCAUCGUCGUCGUCGUCGCGACCACCGUCACCCUCGUCGUCGAUUUUUGCCGCACGCAUGAUUCCGCAGAGAUCGGAGCGGAACGGUUCGUCGGCGAACGGAAUCUAAUGAGUUUGUUCAGUUUUGUUGCUAUUGGUUUUUUUUUUUUUUUUGUUUUCGUCGGUUUUUCAUACCGUCAGUGAUCACGAUGAACCGGUGAACGAAUACGGUAGAGAUUUUUGCACGUAAUCUACUAGCCAAGGAUGAUGAUAAAGUGACAGUUGCCAUCAACUCCACGUGAUCUCCGGUCGACCUUACUGCAUCGGUGUGGUUGCAGCUUACGCCGACGAGCUUUGAAGGAAAAAAAAAAAACAAAAAAAAACACAGAGAGAAGGAUUUAGGUAGUCUCGUCCUUGAGGUUGCUUAAGAACUCUGAGCUCCUUUGAGUAGUUCGAAACGACCAGAUGACCGAUUCUUUGAUUCGCUACUGGAUAUGUACGUCGAGCAGUUGUAAUUGUCGAGAAUGUGAAAUCUGUAGCGCGAAAAUUUUUUCAUUCAGUGACAGUGUAGAUUCUCAAUUGAAUGUGACCGAUUACCCUGUGAACACAAUAAUAGUAAAAUACGUAAGUGCGGUGUACUGGUAAUACAGUGCGGGUUGAGUUGUGGCCGCGGAGCUUAAUUAUGAAAUAUAUCGAUUCACGAUUCAGAUCGUCCAAUGAUAAUUAAUUUCCGGAAGAAGAUAUACAGUGUGAAAAUAGGAUCGAUCCUUUACGGACGAUCGGUAAAAAUCAAGGAAUCGUAAGAUACAGUGAUUGGCGUAACGCGAAAAUUAAUUGCAUCGGUGAAUUUUCGAAUGAUAAUCCGAAAGGUGAACGCACUGUCCUCAGAGGCGCGAGGAACGCGGAACCUCCUCGAAGGUGUUUCACAAGACGCAUGACUCUACCCCACGUGACUUCGUUCGAACGAAAAGCACAUAGCAAUGAAAAACGUCGUAAGGAUGCCAGGCGAAGUGAAAAUACCUUGCCGCUAUGAUGUAACGCGAAAAAAGUGUUCGCCUUGAAUGAAAGACGUCGGGACUUUAUAGACACUAGAAAUAAAAAUAAAAGAAUGGGUUGAAACUCCACCCUUGAGUUUCGUGAUUUACGCCGUCUUUUCGUAAUUUCUUCAACAAUAUAAAAUCGAGGGCGUGGGCAUCGAGUAUCAAGACAUUCUCAAACUUCAGAAUAUAUACCGGUCGAGCUUACUGUACGAACGGAAAAGCCAAAUUAAUAAUAGAAUUUCACGCCACUCUUUGUAACGAUAGUAAAAUGAAAAAAUUUUCAGUGUCUCGAUGAGGAGUGCGCCACCGUAUCGUUUCCCAAAAAACUAAAUCUACCAUUUUGUCAGAGGGUGGGUAGGUGCUGGCCAACAUUCUCGGAUUAACGCCGGAGAACUUAUAACUGUAGAAUGCCUCAGUUCGAUAGCCACCGAUACAGACGUGGCUUAUUCCAUUAGAAACAACCCAAUUAAUCCCAAAGCACCGAUUUUCUUAUCCUCCCGAUCAAAUUGCCCCGAUCCAUCCCAUCGCGAUUCCGCUUUUUUUCUCCUUGUUUUUUUUGUUUUUUUGUUUUCCGAACCUCGUCGCCGGCUCCCAAUCGUAUUGAAAUCGAUCGUCGUCCCGUCGAACAAAUUUCCACUUUCAGACAUAUGUUAGGAGAGUUAAAAGCUAGAUUGAGAAUCAGCAAUACACCCGCAACCGUGAAUUACGGGGCCCCCGGGCCACCGUUCGCGUUCAUUUGAUUCGCCCUUGGUUAAAAAAAAAAAACAAAGUGUUCUCGCGCCAGAGGUGAUCGAACGACUUUCAUGAAUUCUCCGAUAAAUUUCGUACGAUGGACGUAUUCAAAAUCGACCAAUCGCUGAGCGCAGGACUGGGUAGCGCACCAGCGCCUGAUACCCUUACGCCGGAAGUGUCCUUCGACGCCGGGAGUGAGUUCAAUUUGAGCUUCUUCGACGGCCCGGAGGAUAACAGUACUCAAGGAUUCAGCGAUCCCGGGUCCGUCGGUAGCGCCAGCGCGUCUCCACCACCAGGAACCCCGGGGAACUUGGCCGUAAGCCCCCCGAAUACGUCGUUACCCAUCGUCCAAGUGCCCCCAGGCGUCGUCAUUAAACAAGAACAACAUUACGCAGCGGCGGACUCCAACAGCUCGACACCAGCGAAGAGUUUCGUACCGUGUAAGGUUUGCGGUGACAAGGCCAGCGGCUACCACUACGGAGUUACUAGCUGCGAGGGUUGCAAGGGAUUCUUCAGGCGAAGUAUACAGAAACAGAUCGAGUACAGGUGUCUGAGAGACGGAAAGUGUCUGGUGAUAAGACUGAACAGAAAUCGCUGCCAGUAUUGCAGAUUCAAGAAGUGUCUCGCCGUCGGGAUGUCCAGGGAUUCCGUGAGAUACGGGCGCGUGCCGAAACGGUCGCGUGAACGAGGUCAGGAGGAAACAGUGGCUACAACGACAGGGGUCCAGCAGAUCACGCCGAGCGGUAACACGCAGCCUCCGACGUCCAUUGCCAGGGUACCGGCAGCCGCGGUUGAACCUGAUCAAUCGGAUGCCGACACAAAACAACUCGCCGUUUACGACGUGAUUUUAACCGUGUCGCAAGCUCAUCACGCCCAUUGCGGAUUCACGGAGGAAUUGACCAGAGGACUGGUACGGAAGCCGAUGGUCAUGCCGCCCGCGAGUCCGGAGGAUCCGGAGGCAGCAUCUUCGACGGCAGAAGCGGUAGAGUCCCAGAAAAUUUGGCUUUGGCAACAAUUCGCAGCCAGAGUAACGCCGUCCGUUCAAAGGGUCGUCGAAUUCGCGAAGAGAGUACCGGGAUUCUGUGACUUGACACAGGACGAUCAACUGAUACUGAUAAAAGUUGGUUUCUUCGAAAUCUGGCUAACUCACGUAGCAAAAAUGGUCUCCGAUUCCUCGAUGACCUUCGACGACGGCACCUACAUCACCAGACACCAAAUGGAACUCAUCUACGAGCCCGAUUUCGUUUCGGCUGUGAUACAGUUCGCAGCAUCCCUUAACGCUCAUCAACUCAGCGAUACGGAAUUAGGUCUAUUCUCCGGGGCUGUACUUCUCGGGGAAAGACCGGGAUUGAACGAUGUAAAGGCGGUUCAAAGACUGCAGGAUAAGCUCCUCGAAGCUCUCCGCGUCCAGGCUGCCAGAAGUCAUUCGACCAGCGAAGCGAGCGUGGCCACCAGCGUUGCCCAACGGCUUCCCGAACUUCGAGCCCUCGGCAGUCGUCACGCCAACCUGUUGGACUGGUUCCGAAGGAAUUGGCCAAAGCUCAGGCUACCACCGCUGUUCGCCGAAAUAUUCGACAUUCCAAAAUGCGAGGAGGACCUCCAGUGAAGUGAGUUUAUAACUCCGGCCUGUGCGCUCGCCGAAAGAAAACCGAGAUAUAAAUCCAGAAGAAAAAUAGCUACUUGGAGAACGUACGGAGAGGUAAAAACCGCCGAGGUGCUAAGAGUGCCCCGGCGUGUUCGCGGAUCCGUUCGACGAUCCGUCGAAUUUUUCCUCUUGCAGCGAGAGACGUCAUCGUAGAUACGUAUGACGUCCGACCGAUCUGUGCGACCGCGUAUACGACGCGUCGUUGAUUCGUGACGUGAGUUUAUUGACCUUCUUCUUUUGAUUAUUCCAAGAAAUAUGUUGUCUCGUACAAGGAGAUCGAUAUUGUGGGAUGCGAUUCUCCGUUUCUACCUAAUGCCUCUUUGCUCAAUAGAUGUCGAGUACGGGCCAAUCGCGAGCCGGUGUAUGUAACGUAUACCUCCGCGCUAAAUCUUCUUCGACUAUUGUUUCUAUCGUAGCGAAUAAUUUCGAAAAAAAAAUAAAAAAAAACAACAUUUGUUGGUUGAAAAUAAUAAAAUGAAUGAAUAUCAGUGCAGGGGCGUUUCCGUUUUCGGACAGACGUGGAGUUGUAUUGACGAGAUUUUUUUUUCUUAAAGCUAUUCAGUAGAUACCUCGUAAAUACUUGUACAAAAUACUCAACGCGAAAAUUUGCAUAAUAAGAAGAAGAAUGAAAAAAAAAAAAAAAAAUAAGUGCAGCGCACGACAUGCAGUUAUAUCAGAACAAAGUGGAGACGAGAAUGAGGGAAGGAAUUGAAAAAGAGCAAAGUAAAUAACAAUAAAAUAAUAUAAUUAAAAUAAUCGCGUCGAGAAAGCUCAAUUCCAGUGUAAUUAAUUGUUAAUCGAUAAAUUAAUUUUUACAAUACGUUUAAGGGAUUAUUAUCGAAGUAUACGCAAUUUGAUGCAUCUUGUAUCCUGGUUUCAAAUUAUCAAUCAUUUCGAAAGCUGAGAAAUCUUAUGUGAGAAAGAUUCAAGAAAUAUCCGUGACAAAAAUCUAAAUGGAAUCCGCGAGCUUUCCGACCCUGAGCAGAAACCGCAGCUUAAAUGACGUUCGUAAGUUUUAUUCAAACACUUGGUAUUCGGUUAUCCUGUUUAUCGGACGUAAAACGGUAAACUUUAAAAAGGUUAAAUAAUUAAGAAAAAAAAUUACAUGCAGAUGCAUAUUAUGUGCAAAUUUUAGGACUGUGCUAAAUGAAUACUCAUCCGCGAUGAUGCGUUGUAACAUACCGUUGUUCCAAUCGAAUGUACGAGUUUGAUUGGGAAUUUAGAUGUAAAUUUGAUUCGUUGGAACACGGAGUUCAAAUCGGAAGCUCACUCGACACAUCAUUCUAAACUAGAAGGAAAAAAAUAAAUGAAUAAAAAAACCAAAAAAAAAUUAAAAAAAAACUUCAAGAGUCUAGACUGAAAACUCUAAGCUCUAAACUCUAUACUAUAAACUUUGAUAAGCGCUAUAAACUCUAAAACUCU